UUUAACAUUUCUUGUUUCUUUAGUUUAUUGUUGUGAAAAUUAAAAUAAAUACGAAAACAUUUCAAAUUAAGAUCAAGCAGUUAUGAAAAUUGAAUAAAAUAACUGUAAUUUUCUAAGGUAAAUAUGCAGAAACGAAAGAAAACAAUUUCAAAGAGCAAUCAAAGAAAAAGGAAAUAUAGUAGCAGUUCUGAUAGUUCAUCUAGUUCUGACUCGGAAAGUGAUUGUUCGUCUAGUACCAGCAGUUCUUCUAGUUCAUCUGAUUUAUCAGAACCUUGUUCGAGCUCUAGCAGCACCUCUAGUAGUUCUAGUUCGAGUAGUAGUAAUAGUAGCUCAAGUUCAUCAUCGACCGAUGACAAUCGUAGGAGAAUGAAGAAAAAUAGAGCUCUGCUAAAACGAAAAUUAAAAGAGAAACUGAAAGAAAAUGACCACGCAAAAAAGAAGAAAGAGAAGAAUAAAAAUAAGUAUUCCGAAAAGACUUCAGACAAAAGUGACAAACAUAGCAAGACCAAUAAAAAGCUAAAGAAAAAUGAGGAUAAAGUAGAUAAUGAUAUUCCUAUUGAGUUAAUGGGAAAAUCAAAAUCAACAGCUAAUAGUGUUAGGAGGGUGUACUAUGACGACACUGAACAAAGCAAAACCAAUAAAAAAGCUAAAGAAAAUGAGGACAAAGUAGAUAAUGAAUCAAGCGAUAUUCCUCUUGAGUUGAUGGAAAAAUCAAAAACCAUGGCUCCCAUGCGGAAGGAAGAUUGGGAGAAACAACAAAAUGUUGUUAGAAGAGUGUUCUGUGAAGAUACUGGAAGAUACAGAUUGAUUAAAGGAGAUGGAGAAGUAUUAGAAGAGAUAGUGAGCAAAGAGAAACAUAUAGAGAUUAACAAACAGGCUACUAAAGGCGAUGGCGAAUACUUCCAAAAAAAAUUAAAACAAAACAUUAAAUAGCACAAGAGUUUCCUUUUUUGUAUAGAAUGUAUGCAUCUGUUUAAGCUGUAUAUUAAUUUAUUUAUUAUCAAAUAACCUUAAUUAGUGGCAAUCAGCAUCAAAUAAUGAAAUCAAAGAGUUCUAUGAAGUCAAAGCUCGAUCAUAAAGGUUUUUGAUCAUACCGUAGAUUGGAUGGUAUUAAUUUUUAAGAUCUGAAGCUGAUUUUAGAUUAAUGCAAUUUGCUGCUUCAGGUAUAUUUUCCAAAUUUUGCUUGGAAUUUUAUAUUUAACGUAUUUUUUAACUGUUAUAGGGUAACUUUUUCUAGAUAGGUAUAUUUAAUAUUUUAGACUGUUAUACAUAUAUUUAAACAAUAAAUACAUUUUUAUCUUUGUUUAGU